UUGAUUAACCACACCAUUCACAUAGAAGUCGUUUCAUCUAUGGACGCUAGCUCUCGCGUUAUGGGAGUGGAGAGACUAAUCGCUAGAAGUGGUACCCCACCAAUAAUUUGGUCUGACAAGAGAGUGAACUUUGCUGGCGCAGAAAAAGAGCUUUUUUGCACUAUUAACUCAUAAACAUCGGACCCGCCCUUCUUGUAUGUAAAGGUAUAUAAUGUAAAUACAACCCUUCAGCCACGCCACACCAUGCUGGCUCGUUGGAGCGACUUGCGCGUAAUUGCAGGAGAGUGUUCUAUUUGAUUCUCACACCUCGUAAUAAAUUUUUCAGUUACUUUUUCAGGUACUACCCCUUAACACGUAUCUUAAGUCUGAAUUUUGGCUUCGCACUCCUCAAAACCGCUACAAGCGAAUUAUUUCGUCCUCUAAUAGAACUUGCUGCAUUCCUCGCUCUUUUGAGGCCCAAGGUUGUGUCCACUUGAAUUGAAAAGGUCAAAAACAAAUAAUGAACUAUAAAUUCAUAGCUUAGCGUUUACUUUAAAUGCAGUACAGCCAAAGCCAAAUAAGAACGCAUAGCCAAGCGGUCUAAGCUAAAGUCCAAAUCUAGUUUGAGCGCCCCUACCCCACAGCCAAGGCGUAGGCUCGAGUCCCCAAUGCCAUAUGCCAUUCAGUUGUGAAUAGGGAAAAAAGAGUUCGAUUACCUUAUCAUACUAUUAUUACGUAUUAAUUGAAUAAAAAAUCUGUAAUAGUUUUGCUACAAUUACAAACUAAUUAUAAUAAACAGGCAUUGCUGGUAAACGUACCAACGGUUAAGGUUAUUUAUGCUCUGUGAACGUUGAUACUCAAGCUUGUUCCGAUGCCAAAUCAUGAUUUCUUCCUAUGUUUUCUGCUUUUUUUUCAGAUAAAUUAGUUUGAAAUUAAAAUAUUUAACGGUAUUUUCCACUUGAGAGCAUUUGACAGUCAACCGAUCUAUGAUCCGUUUUACCCUACAGACUUGAGCAACGGGACAGACCCGAAUGGUAGACAAAAGCCUACGUUGAACGGAAAAAGGAUUUUUCAUGUACUUGUUUCAUGCGGGAGAGAAUGAAAGAACAAAAGAAGAACAAAGGGAACGUUCCUGUUGCGGAAUACGCGAACAAUUCAAAAAUAAGCAGGAAUACUCGAUCAACCAAGUCAUCAGUAAAAACUCCACCGAAGAUGCCGAAAUAUAUUUCGUCAUGGAGGGAUUCUGCACAGUUGUCAAGUGUCUGCUAAUUGACACGUCGGUUCAGAAGUCAACAGUCGCAACUUCAUCUAAAGAUGUGACCUCGGAUAUGGCAAAUGGCAGUGAAGACAGUGAACCGAAGAGCUCAUCAGUGGACUUUGCUGACCUUUUAAACGACCAAAUGAAGGCCAAGAAAAAGAGUUCAGCUGAAGCUCUAAGAAAGUUCAGCGAAAGUCAGCCCAUCACAAAAAACAGUUUAUUUCAAGCCAUGGACAUGACUUAUGAAAACGACUUAAGUUCAGCAAGUUCAGCGGAACGCAAAAACCAAAGCGCGAUAGACGAGAUAAUUCGUGAACAGAAAGAGAUGGAUUUGGAAUCAAAAUUGCAAAAGCAGCGAGAAAAAGAGCUGAAAACGAUGAAAGACUCCACCCACUCGUUUACAGUGUUCGUCAGUUUGACCGAAAAGUCGGCACGAUUUCAAAACAAGACGGCAGUUUUCCUGCAAGUGGGAAGACUUGAAGAAGGGGAUGUGUUCAACAUACGAGACUCAAUGAACACUGAUUCAAACCAAACCGACUUGAUUUUAGUGAGUGAAAAGUGCAAACUUCUCAAAGUCAAGGUACUAGACUUUGUACGUUCCCUGCGUAAUCAAGAAUUGUUCUUGUUUCUGACGACCAAAAUAAAAAAAAUGAAAACUUACUGUCCCGAUGAAAAAGACAUGAUCAAAUUGUACAAACGCAAUUGCAACUGGGAAGCAUACGGUCAAUCACUCGUGAACAAAUCCAAGAAGAAAGAUCUGCUAAAACAAAAGCAGGAAGCUGAUUUGUUGUUAGGAAAACCCUGGCGCGCUGAUCCGGAAUACUGGCUGGCUGUUUUGAGAGAAAAAACGCGCAAAAUGGAAAUCAAAACAAACCAGCCUCUCAAACCGCCAAUUUAUUAGGAAGACAAACCAGUAUAAACAAAAAACAAUCAUAUUGAAAAACUUUUAUUAAAUUUCUUACUCAAAGUUUGAAAAAACUUGUUUCAAAAUUUUAUUGAAUAUUAUGAAGAUUUUAUUUUGCUUAAACUGAACAAAGUCAACUUAUUUUCAAAUGCAUUAAGUAAAACU